AAAAUGAAAAUGCCAGUUAAAAAUUUUCAGAUUUUUCAGUGCUUUAAUUCAUUCACAAGCCUGACUGAAUUCAAACAGAAAUUGAAUUUCUAUUGAUUUUUAAAUUCCUGUACGACUUCACUAGAAUUCCGCGUCGAAAUAAAAUACAUUGCAUCAUAGAUAAUCACCUACAUGAGUUUGAACUUAUGUAAGACUCAACUAACGAAAGAAUUCUGUGAAAGGAUCCGAAUUUAUCUUCCACACUCGACUUAUAUUAUAUCAUUAUCUCAUUAUAUUAAAUUCUAUAUUAAUUCUAUAUUAAUUCCAUAUAAUUAUUAUAUUAAAUUCUAUUGAUAUCUCAAUGAUAUAAAAAUCCCCCGAGCAAAUCCCCGGAAUUAUAUUCACCAUUAUUUAUAUCCUAUAAAAAUAGAGAAAUUCCUGUGAUUAAAUUACAUCUCACGAGAUCUAUGAUUCCGCGACAAUUUUUUCCACACGCUGAACAUUCGAUAUCUUCUCCAAUGAAGACUGUUCCCCGUUCUAUUAAUAAAUCUAAGAUAAAUCAGAUUGGUAACACUGAAUAAAUAUUUAUAUUAAUAUUUUUCAUAAUUCAAUGGUACUCUCUACAGAACUGAACCUGUGUUUAUCGCUUGAGCAUCAGUUUAUCGUCUUCACAUGUUAUAGAUAACCGAAGCACAAUUGAAAAUGAGAGCUCAAUCACCUGCCACCAUCUCCAUGGAAAAAACCGUGAUGAUAUAAUUUUUAAAAUAGUCAUUUAAAAAAUAUGGUGACUCCGUGGAAGAUAAAAUCUAGAGCAUACUUUCUAAUAUUUUUAACGUGACGUAUUGGACAUAUUUGUUCAAUUACUAUGGGACUCGUGAUUUUAAUUGUCUUAGGCAAAUAGAUGAGUUUUCAGACUGUGCUAUACACGUGGGGCCAACGGAUCGUUUGACCCGCUCCAUUGGCCAACUAUUCCCACUGAAAGCACAUGAGCUACUGAUCUUCUUGUAAUACACGCGGAUAAAAGAUUGUGCGUCACUUUCAUGGAACUAGUCGAGGUGGAUCUACUCGGUAUUAAGUGAGAAAAGUCAAUCCGCAAAGUUGUUUAUAUAUGCUAAAGUACAUUAUACAAUUCUCGUCACAAUUGUCUAAUUUAUUCUUUGUUCGAUGUAUGAAUAUAAAUUGUGCUGAAUGAAGUUGUGUUUCGAUACUGUGGAUUAUUGCCAAGAUAACUUUAUUUUUGACUAAGUAUGGUAGUCGGUGACGUACAGAACGGACUUAGCAUCAUACAAUUAAGUGAUUACGAUAUCGAAAAUGAAUUGGAGAAUAAAGCCGAGAAAACCCGUGCAUCGUCGGUGGAACUUGAAGACGCGCUUAUAGCAACAGGUUUUGGAUUCUACAAUAUAUUCAUCGCCUUGGCGGCAAUUCCAGUUGCUUGGGCCAGCGCUUUUGACAUGACAACGAUGGCUUUCAUCUUGGCAUCAGCCGAAUGUGAACUGGAGCUCACAUUAAUCAGGAAAGGACUCCUGGUUUCCUCGGUUUAUUUCGGAAUGAUGGUCACAUCUUUUUUCUGGAGCUUCAUCACGGAACGUUUGCAUCGUAAAACCAUGAUGAUGGUGGGACUCUUCAUAGAUGCCCUGUGCAAUAUUGCUUGCUGCUUUGUUGAGUCCUAUUAUGUGAUUCUUCUAUUGAAAUUUAUUACUGGUACCAUUGUCAGUGGGCCACUCACACUCUUGAUUCCGUAUAUCAAUGAAUUUCAACCGUCGAACUUCCGGCAGAAAUUUAAUAUGUGGUCUGGACUUAUCUUCAAUAUUGGAUUCAUCGCCCCAGCGAUACUGGCCUUUAAUAUAACGCCUCAGUCAUGGUCCUUUGUGAUAUUGAAUCGCGAAUACACAGCAUGGAGAAUCUACCUCAUGGCUUGCACCCUGCCUUCUAUAAUCGGCUGCAUAACAAUGACUUUUUCCCCUGAAAGCCCUCAACAGCUGAUGAAAGCUGGAGAUGUCGACAGAACGUACUGUUUACUCAGGCGAAUGUACGUUAUCAACAAUUUAAAAUCACCAGAGACUUUCACGGUAAAACGCAUACAUUCGCAUGGAGUUCGCAAUCGAGUGGUUCCACAAACGAAUGUAAAAACUAUUAGACGGACUUGGAGUGAUAUAAAGCAGCUGUGCAAUAAGAAAUACUUGAAGAAUUUCUUGAUGAUAAAUUUUCUGCAAUUUGGCAGUUUACUGGGGUUCAACGUAAUGAGACUUUGGGUGCCACACAUGUUUAUGAUUAUUAAUAAUUUUCAAUCAACUAUAUGGGAUUGGACCCGCGGUGAUCCAACGAUGUGCGACUACUUAUCCGCAGUCGUAAUUCCCGAGGGUGUUACCAACAAUACGCUUUAUGCAAAUAAUUGCGCUAUGUGGCGAAUCAACCCCAUUAUCUACGUCAGAUCGACCAUCAUCGCCUUUUCAACUGUUGGUUUUGCAUUCUUAUUUGCUCUAUUUCACACAACAAAAGUCAAAAGAAAAAUUGCAAUGGUUUUCUGCUACACAAUCGCCGCCGUUAGCAGUUUUGUGGCGAAUUGGGUUCAACUCGUUCCUGUAAUGCUAGUUCUAUCAUCGAUCAUUAUAGUUACAGGCCGCAUAACGGGUAACAUAGUUAUCGGUAUUAACACCGCCGUUAUUCCACUAUCAUUAAGGACAACAGCUAUUAGCUUCAUCACCAAUACUGGAAAUGUGGCAACAAUCUUUGGUAAUUUGAUUUUUAGCUGGCUACUCAGUUUUCAUUGUUACAGCGCCUUCGUGGGCAUUGGAUUUAUUUUAUUACUUUGCCUGUUGAUGUCUUUCCACGAAAUGACGCCACCUGAAGAAGAUCUCGACAGUAAGACGUAGAUAAUAUCCAGGAUCCUCAGAUACUUCAGACAAACACUGAGGAUUCUUUUACUGGACAAUCAAGCUCGAUCCGAUUCGCUGAUGUAGAUCAAUCCAAGCAGAAUAAAGAGCUGCCUCUUUCCGUAA